AUGAAGUUCAUCUCCAUCCUCUUCUCCAGCGCCUUCGCGCUCAGCGUCGCCGCCGCACCAGCCGACAAAACUGCCGCCCAAACCUCCGCCUUCGAGGCCGCCAUGGCCGAGUACGACGCCUCCCACCCCGUUUCCGAGGCCGACACAGACUUCAGCAAGCGCGCUGUCGGGGCCGGUGUCUUCUACUGCCGAAACGACAGGUGGAAGGGUGGCUGCCACAGGCAGUACUUCAUCGACGGAGUCUGCCAGGGUGUGCCGAAGGAGUGGAACGACCAGAUUUCCUCCCUCGGCCCGGAUGCCAGCGUCAAGGAUAAGGAUUGGGGCUGCGACGUCUUUACCGAAGGAAAUUGCCAGGGGCAGAAGUUUCUGAUUUUUUAUCCGGGAAGCGAUAUCAUGAGUGCCCACAACAUGAACGAUAAGGUCAGCAGCAUCAAGUGCGGUAGGAGGAUGAAGGCCCAGGGCGCAAAACCUGCUUGA